CGAUUCAUGUUCGUUUUUGUUUUCAGUCCUUUGUGUAAUGAUAAAGUAAGCGAAAGAGCCUGAUCAACUCAAUGUCGUCCGCUUCUGAGUCUAAUAUGUGAUUAUCAUAUUUGUCUUCUUCUGAGGAGGCCUAUCCAAAUCGGUAUUCAUGUUGUCGUCCGUGGGCUCAUGGUUACCGUCUUCAUCAUCUGUUUCUGCCUCUGCGUAGUCAGCGAGUGUUCCGUUGGGUUUUUUGUAAGAUUGGUUUUUUUGGUUUUCUUUAGGUACAUUCUUCUGGGGAGCAGUAGGCUGGCUUUGUGUCAGCAGUGGCCCGUCGUCCCUGAUGGGGAGAUCGGACGGGAUUUCCGAUUCUGUAUUGGAGAGCUGGCUUUCAAGCUCAGGAGUAGAUACCGUUUAUUGGGUCUUCAUUGUUUGGGAUAAGGGCUGGUUUGAAUUUGAGUUGAUAUAAUGGCAAUCUUUGCUAUCAUGGCCAGCUUUUUCGCAGCGAUAGCAUGUGCGUAGACCCAUUGCUGAGUUUAGUUUCACAUUGCAGUCUUUGAUGAGAUGCCCACUUUGCUUGCAGUAAUUACACGCCGGAGUGGCAUUGUCCCAUCUAGCCUGGAUGGUUGUCUACCAUUCAAGUAUGUAUAUGAAU